GCACACAGAACACGUCCACAUUGCGCUCUCUUGAGCAGGCUGUGAACAGUAUCUUCCUAUUCCAUGCACACAUUCAGAGCAUUCAGCUGAAGGGAUAAGCAACCAGCCAGACUAAACAGGGCGAUUCAUACACAGAUUUCUCAGAACUCUGUGCUUAGUUGCUGAAUGACAACAGUUCUAGAGAUGCAGAUAAAUAAGAAUUAUCUCCAGGGUUGACAGAAGAAAAAACUUUCAGUGGACACUAACAGUCUGACCCCGGGAAAGGGGAAAAAAAAAGAUGUCGGCAUUAAGAAGGAAAUUUGGUGAAGAAUACCAUGUUGUAACAACUACAGUGGGAGGUGGAUUCUUUCCUUCUGUUAAAAGAAAAAGGCAGAGGUUUGUAGACAAGAAUGGACGAUGCAAUGUUCAGCAUGGGAACCUAGGAGGAGAGACUAGUAGAUACUUGUCGGACCUCUUUACCACCUUGGUGGACCUGAAAUGGAGAUGGAACCUGUUAAUAUUUAUUUUAACGUACACUGUGGCUUGGCUUGUGAUGGCUUCAAUGUGGUGGAUUAUUGCAUACAUCCGAGGUGACAUAAAUAGGGUUCACGAUGAUAAUUACACUCCAUGUGUUGCCAAUGUCUACAACUUCCCAUCUGCGUUCCUCUUCUUUAUAGAGACAGAAGCUACUAUUGGGUACGGUUUCAGGUACAUCACUGAGAAAUGCCCUGAAGGGAUCAUACUCUUUUUGUUUCAGUCCUUGCUGGGAUCUAUUGUGGAUGCAUUCCUCAUAGGCUGUAUGUUUAUAAAGAUGUCACAGCCAAAGAAGAGAGCAGAGACUCUGAUGUUCAGCCACAAUGCUGUCAUUUCCCAGCGCGAUGGAAAAUUGUGUUUGAUGUUCAGAGUAGGUAACUUAAGGAAUAGCCAUAUGGUCUCUGCACAGAUUCGAUGCAAGCUUAUAAAGUCCAGACAGACUCCAGAAGGUGAAUUCUUACCGCUAGACCAACGUGAGCUGGAUGUUGGAUUUGGCACUGGAGCAGACCAGCUGUUCUUAGUUUCUCCGUUAACUAUCUGCCAUGAGAUCAACCGCAAGAGCCCAUUCUUUGAUCUGUCACAGAAGUCACUGAGGAGCGAGCAAUUUGAGAUUGUUGUCAUUCUGGAAGGGAUUGUUGAAACUACAGGAAUGACAUGCCAGGCAAGAACAUCUUACACAGAAGAUGAAGUACUUUGGGGACACAGAUUUCUUCCUGUUAUGUCCCUAGAAGAAGGCUUCUUUCGAGUGGACUACUCCCAGUUCCAUGCUACAUUUGAAGUCCCUACUUCAUACUAUAGUGUAAAGGAACAAGAGGAGAAAUUACCCCCCAACUCCCCUCUAAAUUCCCUCUGCAAUGAUAAAUAUCACAGGGACAGAGUUUGCUCCUUAGACUACCUCAAUGUGUUUGAAGUAGGCAGCAGUAUUCUUCCUACAAAGCUUCAAAAACUCAAUCGGGGGAAUGACAAUGUCCAGAGAAAACUACUAAGAAUGUGUGGCACUAGUGUAGAGAGAGCUUGUAGUACUGGAGAUCUCCCAUUGAAAAUCCAAAGGAUCACAGUUUCUACAUGUGCAGACAGUGAGGAAAGUACACCGCUGAAAUAUUUCAAAGUCAAACCUGAGUGUAUGACACAGUCUACUGGAGACCUUCUGCUGCAGAAGAAAACACAGGACAUGUUAACUUUGGGCUCAAUGUUAGAUAGUAAUCUUCCUGCAAAGUUGAGAAAAAUGAAUUCUGGCUGCAUCAGCUAAAAUGUAAGAGGAACAUGCUGGUUCUUAUGCGGAAUAAUAAAUGGCCUUAAACUUUGUGAUGAUAAGAGACAUUCACUGUUCUACAUUUUUUGUCAUAAAACAUUGUUUUCAACAUUAAAACAUGCAUUUAAAACUCGUCUUUUCAUUAAUGCAUUAAACAUA